AUGCGUAUGCUCUGGUGCUCAGCCGCCCUCCGUCUGGCGUUUUUGCUUCCGACCAUCGGGACGAGCGCCCCCUCGCCGCCCACCGAGCUCUUCUCGCCCCUCGUGGCCGAGAAAGUCCUCCGCACAGCUCUCUCGCCGCCCACCCCGGCGCAGUACCCGCAGUACACCGACCGCGCCGCGGGCGACUGGCUCUACUUCGCCCCGGACACCUGGACGUCCGGCUUCUUCCCCGCCACGCUCUACGCGCUGCACGCGCGCGCACAGCUGUGCCGCUGGCCCGCCGCGAACGCGGCGCAGUGGCUGGCGCUGGGCCGGCGGUGGAGCGCGGCGGAGGUGCCGCUCGCGGCGGACAACACCGUCGGGCACGACGUGGGCUUCCUGAGCUACCCGUUCGUCGCGGAGCUUGCCGUCAAUCCACACAACGCGACUGCCAUCACGGCCGUGAACCGCUUUGCGUCGGACCUGGCUGCGCGCUUCAAUCCCGUCGUGGGAUGCACCCGAAGCUGGGACACCCCGAAUCCCGUUGAUUUCGAAGUCAUCAUAGACAACAUGAUGAACCUCGAGGUGUUGUUCGUUUCUGCGUCCUUGACAGGAAACAAGACCCUGCAAAACAUUGCAAUCUCGCAUGCCAACAAGACAAUGCAGAACCACGUCCGGCCUGACGGCUCCUCAUUCCAUGUCGUCGAGUACAACGCUACUACUGGGGAUGUGAUCGCACGUUUCACCGCACAGGGCUACUCCAAUUCGAGUACCUGGAGCCGUGGUCAAGCAUGGGGCAUCUACGGCUUCUCAAACAGCACGUCUCCUACGCUGUCUUUGUACAUGCACACUCAGCAUCCUGACUACUUGACCACCGCUCGGCGCAUGGCCUCGUACUUCCUCACUCACCUUCCCAGUGACGGUAUUGUUCCAUGGGAUUUCAACGCACCCCUUACGCCCCCACGACCCGCGGACUCCUCGGCAGCCAUGGCUGCAGUGAACGGGCUCAUCCUCUUGUCGCAGCAAGAACGGUCGCUCAGUCCGCCCAAUAUCACAGGAUCAACAUAUUAUCUCAAUGCUGCCAUUCAGCUCUUGGGCGUCAAUACGAAACUGGCCUGGCGCCCUGCAUGGCAGAGUCUACUUGCAAACGGAACGGUAAACAAUCCCGAGGGAAAUAAUCUGACCGGUAUUGUAUACGGCGAUUAUUUCUUCGUGCAGGCAGGCAACGAGCUUGUGUCAAUGGGCUUGAUGUCAUGUUGA